AUGGCCACUGUUAGGGCCCUCAAAAAAGCUGUAAAUUUGCCCCCGACUGGGGCACUUGUUUCAGCAAAUGGAGUGCCAUUUGCGCCUCUUCUUUCGCUCAACGCAAGGGCCUCAACGCUCGACGCUGUUGACUACGCCGCCCACGCUCACCACGAGCACGAUGGAUCCCACCGGUCAGAUUCUAGGCCUCGUUGGGCUGGAGGAGCUUCGUCUACGCCCCGAGGGCUCGUCUCGCGCACCUUUGUCAACGCCUUGCCCACUGGCCCUUCGUACAGACUGAUACAUACCAGUGCUCGUAGCCUCUACGACGGCUCCAUUCCGGAUCCUAACGCUGUUCCCAACUUUGAGCCGUACAAGAGCAAGAACCCAGAGAAUGGACGUGCCCUUUCGUACUUUAUGGUCGGUAGUUUGGGACUUUUAUCUGCCUCCAUGGCCAAGGCAUCGAUCACCAACUUCCUUGCUACCAUGUCUGCCUCUGCAGACGUCCUCGCCCUGGCAAAGGUCGAAGUUGGGCUCGGUUCGAUUCCCGAGGGCAAGAAUGUCAUUGUCAAAUGGCGUGGAAAGCCAGUCUUCAUCCGUCAUCGUACAGCAGACGAGAUUGAAGAGGCUAAGAAUGUCGAUGUCAAGUCUCUUCGCGACCCAGAGACAGACGAGGCUCGUACCAAGAACCCAGAAUGGCUUGUCAUGUUGGGUGUCUGCACUCAUCUUGGUUGUGUGCCCAUUGGUGAGAGCGGAGACUAUGGUGGAUGGUUCUGCCCAUGCCAUGGCUCUCACUACGACAUCUCUGGACGUAUUCGCAAGGGUCCGGCCCCUCUCAACCUGGAAGUUCCCCCAUACGAGCUCAAUGAGGGAGAAGAGAAAGUCAUCAUUGGUUGA